AUGCAGCACCAUGUUAUAUCACAGAGGAUGGUUAAAAUUUAUAUCAAUUGUCCUCUCCAGUUGAAAGUUUCAGACAAACACAAAAUUGUCAGCGGAAAAUUACAUGAAAACCUAACAGUAAACGUACCUGUGUAUGGCUAUCCUCUACCCAUCAAGUUCCGAGUUUCUAAAAACGGUAUAACCUCAAUAUUUGGCAGAGACGCUGAUUUCAACGACAGUGUAGGAUUACAGCCAUUCUUCAUCAGUUAUCGUGAACAGCUACCACCAAAUAUUGAUAUAUUUAUCGCAUUUCACAAUUUACGCGAAGAAGAUUUUACUCAUUACAGCUUUGACAUUUAUAAUGGAUUUGAAACUAGUCUUGCGUUCAAACUUAUUAUUAAUGAAGUUGAACUUACUACCUAUGCUGAUGUCAUCAUGUUUUCUUGUAUAGCAGCUGGUGUGGGUCUUAUUGUAGCGGCUAUUUUACUUUCUCGCGCGCUGCAUAACAAAAAUAAGAAAAGGAAAAAACUUAAAGUAAUGCUUACCAAGGAUAACAGAAAUAAAAAUAGGUCAAAAGAGGAUGAUGAUAAUGCAUAUAUAGAUGUUAUCGAAGAAGUUGAUAUGAGACUUGUAUCAUCAUGUGAACCAUCAGAAGAGGGGACACCAUGGACACACACCAGCCACCUUGAUCUCACUACUCAACCAGACAGUGUAUUUAGCUGGAGCCUUAAUCAGGAGCAUGUCUCAGAAUGUUCAGCCAACUCCAACUGUUUGAACAGUGCCUUCAAAGACUGGUUCCAGAGUUCUGUACAGAGUGAUGGGAGGUCAGUGACGGUCAACUUGACCAUUUUUAACACCACACGGUGGCCGGAUGUAAAGAAUGCUGACGGUGUUUGGUCAUUGGGGAUGUCACAGGUUGACAUUUACACAGCUGAUGUCAUUUUCACCUGUCAUCUGAAGGUUUACUACAAACCAAGGGAUGUGACCUGUACUGUUGAAGCAAAGAAGAAUGAGUUACAUAUACAGUGUACAACAGUCAAAGUCUACCCAGCUGCUAAGUGUUUUUUCUCAAUGAUCAUUGAUGGGAACCCAGUUCACCAGCUGUACACUGUAACAUACAGACACACCCAGCUACCUGGGUCACCUGGGACCCCUGAGUACUUCAGCACUCAGUGCUCCAUCACUGUACCAGUUGUAGCAGAAGGUCAUUAUGAAUUGAGGGUCACUGUAUAUCCCAAUGUUACAGACAGGGACAAAGAUGGUACAUAUGGCGAGAAUACAACAGUGAUACUUAAUUUAGUUUGCAUUAUAUGA